CCAUCAGUGUUUGCAUAGAGUCGCUGUGCAGUAACAGCGUCAGGUUGGUAGGUAACUGAAGGCAUCACGUCCGUGGGUUAAACUCUCGUCUCCCGUGUUAUUACACAGCAAUAUUUGGGGUGGCGCGCCUGUCGCCCGUGUGUUUUGAUAGUCGGAGGCUUCUGUACAGAGAUGGCAAGAGAACUGUAGCUGACUGUGGGGCCUGUACGGCUGGGCAUUUCACCGACAACCGUAACGUCGGAGAGCCGCAGAGACCGUAGGAAAGGAGCGGAACAGCGAACAAGAGGAGCCAUGGGACACGGAGUGGGCUGAACCAGAGGGUCUAGCAGCACACACCAAUCGUUUCCCACUGUGGUGUAUGACAUGGCCACGGCCUCAUCUAGAGCAGAGAAUAGCCAUAACCACAGAGGAACGUCACAGCUCCAUGCCAUUGUAUCCUGUGCCAAACUCAAAAGGAAGAAGAGCCUGUUUGGGACUGCCAUUUAUGUGGAGGUGACAGCAGAGGGGGAGUCGCGCCGCACAGCAAAAUCUCACAGCUCCUCCAGUCCUAAAUGGGACGAGAGGCUCACUCUGAAUGUAACGCCGCACACACAGGUGGAUUUCAAAGUAUGGAGUCACCACACCCUGAAAGCAGAUGCUCUGCUGGGCAAAGCCACGUUGGACCUAAUUCAAGCCUUGGAACAGCAUGACAGAAAAUUGGAGAAUGUGAAGGAGGUGUUGAAGCUGAGUGUGGAGCAGAAGGGGGCCUCAGUGCCCAUGGGGGAGCUCACUGUGUACCUAGAUGGACUGACCGUCACUGACCAGGAGGAGCUGGCAACACUUACCAAUGGCAAUACAGCAAAUGGCACCAGUGAGCUCAGCAUUUAUGUUGGAAUGGAAGUCCAGCAGAAUGGUGAUGCCAUCCAUGAAAAUGGAGACUCGUCUUCCUCUUCUUCAAGGGCUGCCAACAGCACAGCGAAUGGUACAGACUUGGGUCCGAGGUCGGGAUCCUGUUCAGCCUCCAGCGGUGCAGAUGGUCAGGUGCCUUCCAGCUCCUGCAGCCCGGCUCUUGGUCGUGUUGUCAAUGGAAACACCACACCCAAUUCCACCCCGGUCCACCAACCCUCAGACAGUGAUACAGAGAGUAGAAUGGUCAAUGGGGAGUCCUGUGAUGCGGGUCUGGGGCAGUCGUCUGCUACCAGAAGUGAUAUGCCACCCCCUGCAGAUGACCAUGAGGACUGCAUUCAAGAUGCCGCCCUCCAGGACUCUGACAAAGCACCAAAUAGCACAUGUCAAUCCCUGCCAACUUCCACACCUUCUCCAGCCUCCUCUGUUGCUGCUAAACCUGCUGAUAGCACUGCUGCUGCUACCGCUGCUGCUGCUUCUGCUGCUUCCUCCACAUUUGCCUCUCCUCCCCAGGCGGCGACCACCAUCACAACGUCCACGUCAUCGUCCUCUUCCUCCCCAGCUCUGGGAGAAGCUAACUCUUCAGGAGCUGGAGGUGGUAGCAGCAGUAGUAGCAGUACAACUGCAACUACAGAUGGGGCCAAGCCCAGGCAGCAGGUCCCCAAUGCUGGUGCCUCAGAUCCUCUACCACCAGGGUGGGAGCAGAGAAAAGAUCCACAUGGGAGAACAUACUAUGUAGACCACAACACCAGGACUACUACUUGGGAAAGACCACAGCCACUACCACCAGGUUGGGAGCGUCGAGUAGAUGACCGGGGUAGGAUCUAUUAUGUGGACCACAACACCCGCACAACCACAUGGCAGCGUCCCACUAUGGAGUCAGUGCGAAACUUUGAGCAGUGGCAGAGCCAACGCAGCCAGCUGCAGGGAGCUAUGCACCAGUUUAACCAGAGAUACCUCUAUUCUGCAUCCAUGAUGUCUGCUGAGAAUGAUCCUCUUGGCCCGCUACCUCCUGGUUGGGAGAGGCGUGUGGACUCCAACGAUCGAGUGUACUUUGUAAACCAUAACACCAAGACAACACAGUGGGAAGACCCCCGAACCCAAGGGCUACAGAACGAGGAUCCUCUGCCUGAAGGUUGGGAGAUCCGAUACACAAGGGAAGGGGUUCGUUACUUUGUGGAUCACAACACCAGAACAACCACUUUCAGUGACCCCCGCACUGGAAAGUCCUCUGUCACCAAAGGCCCUCAGAUCGCAUAUGAGCGCAGCUUCCGAUGGAAACUUGCUCAUUUCCGCUAUUUGUGCCAGUCUAAUGCUCUCCCCAGCCAUGUGAAGAUCACAGUCUCCAGACAGACACUGUUUGAAGACUCUUUUCAACAAAUUAUGGCCUUGAAGCCUUACGACUUGAGGAGGAGACUGUAUGUCAUCUUCAGAGGGGAGGAGGGUCUAGACUAUGGUGGCUUAGCUCGAGAGUGGUUCUUCUUGUUGUCCCAUGAAGUGCUGAACCCCAUGUACUGUCUGUUUGAGUACGCUGGCAAGAGCAACUACUGUCUGCAGAUCAACCCAGCCUCUGCCAUCAACCCGGACCACCUCUCCUACUUCUGCUUUAUCGGCCGCUUCAUUGCAAUGGCACUUUUCCAUGGCAAGUUCAUUGACACAGGCUUCUCUCUGCCUUUCUACAAACGCAUGCUGAACAAGAAGCUAAUACUCAAAGACCUGGAGUCCAUUGAUCCAGAGUUCUACAACUCACUCAUAUGGAUCAGGGACAACAACAUCGAAGAAUGCGGUCUGGAGAUGUACUUCUCGGUAGACAUGGAGAUUUUGGGGAAGAUCACGUCUCAUGAUCUCAAACCUGAUGGAGCCAACGUCCUGGUGACCGAGGAGAACAAGGAGGAGUACAUCAGUCUCAUGGCAGAGUGGAGGUUCUCCCGUGGGGUAGAAGGUCAGACGAAGGCUUUCCUGGACGGCUUCAACGAGGUGGUCCCACUUCAGUGGCUUCAGUACUUUGACGAGAAGGAGCUGGAGGUGAUGCUAUGUGGCAUGCAGGAGGUAGACCUGCAGGACUGGCAGAGAAACACGGUAUACCGUCACUACACCAGGAACAGUAAACAAAUCAUCUGGUUCUGGCAGCUGGUGAAAGAAGUGGACAAUGAAGUGCGACUACGGCUCAUGCAGUUUGUCACUGGAACCUGCAGGCUUCCUCUGGGCGGCUUCGCUGAACUCAUGGGAAGUAACGGGCCCCAGAAGUUCUGCAUCGAGAAGGUGGGGAAGGACACGUGGCUUCCUCGAAGCCACACGUGUUUUAACCGUCUGGACUUGCCUCCCUACAAAAGUUUUGAGCAGCUAAAAGAGAAGCUGCUCUUUGCCAUCGAGGAAACAGAAGGAUUUGGCCAAGAAUAGAGGGAGGAGUCCUCUCGUAUCUCCCUCCCUCCCCCAUCGCUGUUUAUUCAGCCAAGAAAAACAAAACAAAAAAAAUUGCACAAGAUAACCACCAAUGUAUAUAAGCUAUUUUGUCAUUUAAAACCAAAUUUCUCAUUUGCAGCAUCAUUUUUGCCGCAAUCCUGUCCCCCAGCCCUUAAAUAUUAAAUGAACCCUGUCAUGAAAUAUGCAAGCAUUUCAGCAUUUUGCUCCUGUUUAAAAACAGAAAUCAUUGAUUUUUUUUUGUUAUUAUUAUUUCCUUCCCGCUGCUGACCGGCUUUUUAAAAGAGACAAAAUGUUUUCGAGAGGUUUUAUAGUUGAAGCGCAAUCUUCUUUUGAAGCUCUAGUUCUAUAGAGCUUUUAAAAGGCAAACGUAGAAGAGUAUUGGAGUCUGGUGCCUGAAAUUCUGUUUCCUGUCGGACACAUAGUCAUUUUGCAAUUUUUGCAUGCUGCCUGUGAAGAAGAGAAAACUGCUGUGACCACCCCUCCACCACUAGCACAGCGCUCAGACACGUCGGCAUGGACGGCUUCUCAGCAUCGCCGUCGUCUAAACGGCACAGCGUUCACGUCGGACUGAAGCACAGAACAACACUCUCAGCUGCAGUUUUCCCUCAAUAAGAUUCUGGACACCAGCCCAGAGAAAGAAGCAGCACUGGAUCCUCGUGAUUGGAAACAGGCUGGUGGAAGUGCAUCAGAAACUAAUAGGCUCAAGGAAAGUGUUCUUAAUUGUUCUGAAAGAGUGAACUGUGAUUGUGUGGAAGUUCACCGUUUUAAGGCUUCUAGCUUAGCUUCAGCCUGCUGGCACACUGUGAAGAGAGAAGGGCUUUUGUUGGUGAAACACGAGGAUGACACACCCACAACUCCCACUGAAACAUUUAGAGAAGAGACGCAGCGAAAAAAUAAUAAUUCUGUGGCUCACACAUUUGUGCGCUUAGCUGACUUUCUUUUGCCUGUUUGACUUUAUGAGCUCGGACUGUAAAAUGCCUCCAGUCCAGUGAGGCCUCCAGAGAGCACUAGGUGUGAUUAUUCAAAAGAUAACAUUUCCUUCAGCCCCUCGCCAAAUUCCUAGAUCCUUCUUAUUAAGUCUUCUUUGGUCACUGUGUGUUGUAAUGAAGUUCAAGGACACAAAAGGUGUGCAAAAGGUAUUCAAAUUCAUGUCUAGAAAGACUUGAUUACAAAUGUUACACACAGGUAAACACAGUGGAAAGCAGACAUUUAACCCUCCUGUUGUCCUCAUUUACGGCACCAAAAAAUAUUGUUUCCUUGUCUGAAAAAAAUACGAAAAUUCAGCAAAAAAAUUCCCCACAUUUCUGAAAAUUUGCAAAACCUUAAAAUCCAAUAAUUUUGUAAAAGUUUUAUUUUUUAAAAAAAGAGUUAUUACACACAUUUUCUUUAAGAACAUUCACAUAAAAAUCAACCAAAAUCCAGCGAAAUUCGCUGGAUUUUGGUUGAUUUUUAUGUGAAUGUUCUUAAGAAAACAUUAACAUUUCUUCUUUUUUUGCACCAAAAAAAUGUUCAAAGAUUUCCCAAAAAUGUUGAAAAUGUGGACAUUCAUUUCACAGUGAAAAUACAUUGCUUUUUUUUCCACAUUUUCAAACUAAAAUAGGUCAAUUUAGACGCGCAGGACGACACGAGGGUUAAAAAAAAUGACCUUCAAGACCACAGUGCUGAGUUCGUCCUACACGUUAAUGGAUGAACCGCAUUCUUCAUUUAAACUGAGCUGAAGUAGCCUUUGUGUAAAAAUCAGCGAAUGAAAUAACGUGGAAACUUUCCUGGGAAACCAACACAGCAAAACACACUGAAGAUGUUACACGCUGCUACACGCUACCAGUCUGAAGUUUGGACACACCUUCUCAUUCAGUGGUUUUUAUUUAACCCUCCUGUUGUCCUCAUUUACGGGCACCAAAAAAUAUUGUUUCCUUGUCUGAAAAAAAUUCUGCAUAUUUCUGAAAAAUUGCAAAACCUUCAGGAAGAAAAUUCCUUAAAAGUUUCCCUGAAAAGUUUUAUUUAAAAAAAUCCCCCAAAUGUGGCAAGAAAAUUCUUGUAAAUAUUUUCCAAAAAAAAAAAAGAGUAAAAAUAUUCCCAAAAAAUCCUAAAAAUAUCUAAAGUGGUUGCAUAUAUAUCAGUAAAACUAUUUUCUUUAAGAACAUUCACAAAAAAAAUCUACCAAAAUCCAGCGAAAUUUGUUGAUUUUUUUUGUGAAUGUUCCUAAGAAACAUUUUUAGCAUUUCUUUCUUUCCACCAAAAAAUGUUCAAAGAUUUCCCAAAAAUGUUGAAAAUGUGGACAUCAGAAGUUUCACUGUGAAAAUAUAUUUUUUUUCCACAUUUUCAAACUUUAACACUGGUCAGUUUUGACCCGCAGGACGACACGAGGGUUCAUUGUUUUAUACAUUGGCGAUUAAUAUGGAAACUAUAAAAGAAUACAUAUUUAAUUAUGUCGUAAACAAAAAAGUGUUCAUCUUCAGUAUUAAUCUACAAUGUAGAAAAUAAUACAAAUAGAUAAAAAGCACUGAGUGAGAGCUUCUGACUGGUAGUGUAUGUUCUGUUUUCAGUUUUGUUUCCUUUAAAUGCCCGUCAUUUUACGGUGUCACAUCCGUUGUUUGUUCGUGACGACUCUGGUGCUUAUUCUUUCAGUCAGUGGUUUAAAUGCAGGACAAAGAAAAAGCUCUGGCAGUGGCAGGCCGUUCUCCUCGUUUUCUCUGGCAUUGUGGGAUUAGUUUCAUUUUUUUCGACCACUGCAGACAGCAGCGAGCUGCUUUAGACUUUGUCUCGGAGGAGCUUGUGAUUCGUGGAGUUACCAGUCGUGUACAUAACAUGUAUUCAGCUGUCUGAAGAGCCGGGAGGAGCGACGACAGUGAAGAGAAACAUUUACUAUAGCAAAAGGAGCCGCCUUUUGAGAGACGUCAAAACCGCAUAACUUUGUGCUUCCUUUUGAACAGAAACCUGUAAUCAAAGAAAAUCAACUGUGUAUGUGAAUAUUCAUUGUAUAAAGAUAAUGAUGGUAAAUGAAGUACUUAAAUAUUAUAAUUAAUUACACAGAGCCGCCGCUCCAUUGAGGAAAUCUGUGAUGCCUUUGUUCUUAUCAGAAAUAGAUGGGUCGUAUCAGGGUGCCUUCCUCGCAGCCGGUAGCUACAUCAACAAUCACCUGGAUAGUUCCAGAAAACAGCUCGUUGAUGAUACCGUCCAUCAGCUCAGCACGCAUUAAUGCAGCGGGAGGGUGACUGCGGGUUAGGCCUCCUGAAACGCACCCAGACUGUAACAUAUCGCGUGUAGAUACACACUGUAAACACCAACUACACUGUACAGAAUGCCCCUUUACUGGAGACGAUGUGUAUAGAAGAUUCAUUUUUAAUCUGCUUUCACCCAUUUUAAAUGGAGAGAGAUGGAUUUAUGAGAUACAAAUAAAGAAGUGAAUAAACCCC